AUGGUGAUUGCUGGUGCGCCUGAGCCGUCGCCAGAGCGCGUUGCCGCCUGGUUGGCUGUGGUCGCCAAGCCUCCGUUGGAGCCCGAAAAGGCGACCAUGGCGACGAAGCCCGUGACAACAGUCUCUGAAAAGACUCUUCACCACGCGCCCACGGAUCCCCUUGCCGUGCCAGAGGCAGUCCCGUCUGCCCCUGUUGUUGUUCCGUCCGCUCCGGCUGCAGCUCCUGGCCCCCUGGCUCUCGUUUUUGAGCCGUCGGCAUCUGCUCCUGCUGGGGAUGUUGCUGAUCUCCCUGUUCCUGUCCCUGGCGCCCCCGUUGCACCGCCCGCUUCUGUCCCUGGCGUGCCCACUCCGGCUUCUGCUUCGUCACCGAAGGCGGCGUCCGCCAUCACUGGUGGCCCGGCUCCGUCGGUUGCGCCCUCAGCAGCGGGUCAGUCCGCGCCUGCUGUGAUGCCGAUGGCCCCGGCAGGGGCAGGCCCGUCCGCUCCCGCUGCUGUUCCGUCUGCUCCGCCUGCGGCACCUGGCCCCCUGGCUCCCCUUGUCGAGCCGUCGGCGUCUGCCCCUGCUGGGGGUGUUGCUGAACCCCCUGCACCUGUCCCUGGCGCCCUUGUUGCGCCGACCGCUUCUAUCCCCUGCCUGCCUGCGCAUGCCUCUGCUUCGUCACCAAAGGCGGCGUCCGCCACCACUGGCGAGCCAGCUCCGUCGGUUGCGCCUGCGGCGGCGGGCCAGUCCGCCCCUGCUGUGACGGCGGUGGCUCCUGCAGGCCAGCCUUCACGCCCUCCGUCGCCUGACCGUCGCUCGUCACGCCCCCAUUCCCCCGCUCCCCAUCAAGACCGCAAGUCCUCUCGUCGCCGCCGUGAAUCUCCACGGCGGUACCAGCAACAGUCGCACUGGCCUGCUCACCCCGUGGGUCAGGGGGAUUGGAGGGGUCCCCGUGCUCGUGGCGGGGGUGGGGGGUAUCGCCCGCCUGUGACGAUGGCGGAUCUUCAGCGGGAAGUGUCGAGGGCGGUUCGGGAGGAGAGGGCGGCGCAGAGCCAGAGCAGUUCGCUGCGCGCCUUGCCAGCCCACGAGGCUCCCCGUCCGGCUGCGCUCCCCCCGAACCCGCAGCAUGUUGCUCCGCCUCCCCCUCACAUCCAAGCGCCACCAGCUCCUUCUCCCGCCGUAUCGGCACCUGCUCCCGGUUCUCGUCUCCAUCUGCCGCCGGUUCCGCCCGUUGCGGGAGUGGAGUUUGUGGCCGCGGGAGGCGGCUCGUUGGCGGCUCCGUUUGCUCUCCCAGCUGGUGCUGAAGAGCCGCUCCAGUUCCUGGUGGAGGCACUCCAGCCUCCGCAGACCCGUGUUCCCGCCUCGCUGACAAGUGACUCUUGCCUGGACGCGGCAGACCAGCUCGCGGUGCUGCUGGCGCCCGUGCUGGCUGCGCCCGCGGAGGGCGGCGCUGCUGCUGCGGGACAGCUUGACGAAGCCGUCCGGGGCUUGAGGCGGCACUUGCGCGGAGGAUCUGGAGCCGCGGCGAUCGGCGCAAGCACGCUAGUGGUCCGGGAGCUGUGGCGCUCCCUGACGGGCAUUCUUCACGCCCUUGGAGCUCACCGCAUGUAG